UCUGUCAGGUACCAGCCUUCCCUUACAAGCUAUGUCUACUCUGAAAGCAAUUUGUGCUGGACUCCCCCUCCAUCCUCCUCCAGAGAACAGAGGCCGAAAGAAUGGAAUCUCUCAUGCUCCUGUGAGAAGCCCAAAUCUCACUGCAAGUGAAGAAAAAUUGGCUUUAAAAAACUCUCUGCGGUAUUUCCCGCCUAACUUGCAUGGAAUCCUGGCACCAGAAUUUGCCAAAGAAUUGAAGCUCUAUGGGCAUAUCUACAUGUACAGGUUCUGCCCCCAGAUUGAAAUGAGAGCUUAUCCCAUUCAGGAAUAUCCUUGCAAAACCAAGCAAGCUGCUGCAAUAAUGCACAUGAUUAUGAAUAACCUUGAUCCUGCAGUAGCCCAGUUUCCCCAGGAACUUGUAACAUAUGGAGGAAAUGGACAAGUGUUCAGCAACUGGGCGCAGUUUUGGCUGGUGAUGCACUAUUUAUCUGAGAUGACUGAAGAACAGACAUUAGUUAUGUACAGUGGACAUCCCUUAGGACUCUUCCCAAGCCAUUGCAAUGCACCUCGAUUAGUUAUCACUAAUGGCAUGGUAAUCCCUAAUUAUUCCUCUAGAGAGGAAUAUGAAUCUAUGUUUGCAAAAGGAGUUACAAUGUAUGGACAGAUGACAGCUGGAAGCUAUUGCUACAUUGGACCACAAGGGAUAGUCCAUGGAACUGUGCUAACAGUGCUCAAUGCAGGCCGUCGAUACUUGGGGGUGGAGAAUCUGUCUGGCAAAGUCUUUGUCACAUCUGGCCUUGGAGGAAUGAGUGGUGCCCAAGCAAAAUCUGCAGUCAUUGCUGGAUGUGUGGGAAUUAUUGCUGAGGUUGACGAAGCUGCCCUCUUAAAACGUCAUAAUCAGGGAUGGCUGAUGAAAAUAACUAGAAGUCUGGAUGAUUGCAUUGCUCAACUUAGAGAAGCAAAGAAGAACAAGAUGACCCUUAGUUUGGGAUUUCAUGGGAACGUGGUAGAUCUUUGGGAGAGACUGGUGGAUGAAUUUAAUACUACGGGGGAACUAUUAGUAGAUUUGGGGUCUGACCAAACAUCUUGUCACAAUCCAUUUAACGGUGGAUAUUACCCAGUACAGCUAAGCUUUAGGGAUGCCAACCAACUCAUGUCUAGUGAUCCCAUAAAAUUCCAGGCUCUUGUAAAAGAAAGUCUUAGAAGACAAGUAGCUGCCAUCAACAAACUGUCUGAUCAAGGAAUGUUUUUUUGGGAUUAUGGCAAUGCUUUCCUUUUAGAAGCCCAAAGAGCGGGUGCUGAUGUUGCAAAAAAAGGAGGCAGCAAGGGAGAAUUCCGAUACCCUUCCUAUGUUCAACACAUUAUGGGAGAUAUUUUUUCUAUGGGAUUUGGCCCAUUUCGGUGGGUUUGCACCUCUGGUGACCCAGAAGACUUGGCAACCACUGAUUUUAUAUCCACAGCAGUGCUUGAGGAACUUAUACAUCAGGGAGCAAAUGCAUCUGUGAAACAGCAGUAUUAUGAUAACAUACGCUGGAUUCAGGAAGCCAGAAGACAUAAUUUGGUUGUUGGUUCCCAAGCCAGAAUUCUGUAUUCUGAUCAAAAAGGCCGUGUAGCUAUUGCAGUGGCUAUUAACAAAGGAAUUGCUGAAGGAAGAAUUAAGGCACCAGUUGUUCUUAGUCGAGACCACCAUGAUGUGAGUGGAGCAGACAGUCCUUACCGAGAAACCUCAAAUAUCUAUGACGGUUCUGCAUUUUGUGCAGAUAUGGCUGUUCAGAAUUUUGUCGGAGAUGCAUUUAGAGGAGCAACCUGGGUUGCCUUACAUAACGGUGGUGGUGUUGGCUGGGGAGAAGUGAUCAAUGGAGGAUUUGGUCUUGUCCUGGAUGGGUCAACAGGUGCCGAAGAGCGUGCAAAGAUGAUGUUGAACUGGGAUGUUUCUAAUGGGGUUGCUAGACGUUGUUGGUCUGGUAACAGCAACGCUUAUGAAACCAUCUGUCAAGCCAUGGACAAAGAGAAGAAUCUGAAAGUGACACUUCCACAUAAGGUGCUAGAUGACAGCAUCUUGGAACAAGCUCUGAGUUGUUAAUUGUACAAUCGUCGUUUAUUCUGCCUUUUUUGAACCAGGUUCCAACUGCUACUUUCCUCUUGUUCUAGUCCAAAGCUCCCAUUUGAUGAUACAAUAAAAGAAUGGUUGAAUUUUAUCUUUCAGGAAUGUAAUACUAAAAUAAAUCUACAUUAGUAACAUUG